AGAGAGCCGAAAAUGUCUGAGCGCCAACUUCAACCGCAGUAAAAAUUCCAGUGGAAUUGUACUGAUUGAUUUUGAGGCAUUGCAGCGAGAGAGAACUAAUGAAUGUGAAUUCAAAUUAUUUUCUCCAAGGAUUUUUUACUGACCAUGUCACAAUCACAGUCCAGUUUCCUGGAGUCGGUGGUCAGCUGGGACACCACUCAGUGCCGGGUCAAUCUGGACACAGCGCUGCCGAGACUUGUUGAAUGUUUUCAAGAGAUAAAUGUUGUUCAGGAGCAAAUUGGAAUACUGAAGAUUAUUUGCCAUUCCUUUUUGCCAUGUGUUGAAGUCAUCCAUGCUGAAGAGAAACUGUUUAGUAAAAUCAUUGAUGAGGUAUGUCAAGUUUUUGAUAGAUCCCUGGAAGACAUUUACCAGUCCACACAAAGGGCAGACAACUCCAGUCUUCCUAACAUCACCUCUGGCUUAGAGGCUUUAGUGGACCUCUUGGAGUUUCUGGAGAUCUGUCUCUCUCACGUGCAGAACAAACAUGAAACUCUGGACUGGAGCCAUAUUCACUCUCUACCCAGGGGAACCAUUCAUUUUUUGAAGGGAGCAUAUGGACAUUGUAAGAGCAGUGGAGAACAGUACCAGAGUCUGCUGAACUAUGUGUCCGGUCCUCUGUCAAACCUCUUCAAGAAAACUCACUCACUGCAAGUGACUUUUCUUCGUCUUUUGGACAAUGUCCGAUUGAGUGAUCCUGUCACAGAGCAAGAUGUCCAAGACCUCCAUCUCGUUUGCCAUGGUCUCUUUGAUGUCUGUCGGAUUGUUACUUCGCUGGAUAUGAAAUUGGUGGUGACGCUGUGGAAAUCUAUUUCAAAGCAUGCUGUCAGUAAUAAGGUCCACCUUGGUCAGCGGUUGCAGAUGGGGGAGAUGAUUAGUCACCUUUGUGGGGAAAUCCAGACUGGAUUUACAUACCUCCUCCAGCUGAUUCCGCAGACAGAUCCGGAUGGAAUGAUAUUGUCCCAGGGAGAUGAAAAGGGAUUCCAGAAAUCCCUGAAGAUCCUAGGAUUCCAAAUGAAGAUCCUUGUUAUGUUGGUUCGAGAAUUUGCAGAUGUCAUUCAUGAUUGUGAGGAACAAAUCUAUAGCGUGCUCAUAACAUUUCUGAGAUUGCUUCCACCAAGUUUAUCAGCCCAGCAGAUGGAUCUCAAACACAUAGAUGAAAUUCGUCACCAUUUAACCAAUGCUACAGACGUCCUGAUGAAAUGCUUGCUGUCUAACAGGGUGUUUAUGGAGUCUGUCACAGGGAUUGACAAAGUUGGAGACUUGGCAACUGAAGACAGUUUUCCACAUUUACAAAUUGUGUUGAAGGUGCUUGACUUUCUUCCUCAAAUGCCAGAUGACGUUCAGGAGAGAUGGGUGAAUCCAACAUUUUAUUCAGAAGAUACUGACAGAUUGAGCUUGAUUGAUGUCAUGUUUCAAACAACAGCUAAAUGUAAUAUUGAGCUAAGUCUGCCCCUGAUCCUAGAGGACUCCACUCUGAUAGGAAAACCAGAGAGGAAGGUGACCUUGUAUGAGAAUUGUUGUACCAGGUUAUGUGGAUUUCUAGGAGGGAUAUCAGCCAAGCAUUUCCACAAAGUUGAAGAAGUUCUUUUGAAAAAUGUGCUGUCAUGUGACCUCUGGUGUCGUCUGCUGGCUGAGGAUGUCUGGUGCUUCCUUGUCAGGUACAGUUCAGCUGACUUGUGUCGAGAUCACGUGACUUUUUUACUUGAGCUCAUGAAGGGGUGUUCAUCAUAUGACCACAAAUCACCUGGCCUCUCCUUGAUUGUACGGUUAAUCAAAUGUCUGGCUCCGGAACAUCAGGUGGAGUUGAUACAGACAUUAAGCUGUGAAGAGGACCCCAUCUCCUUGUUCAUUUUGGCCUGCAGUGUACAGAGUUUUUCUGAUGAGAACUGUCAGAAUAUGGUACAAACUGUGUCAGAUAAAUGUGCAAAAAUUCUGCAGGAGUUUACAGUUACCAUUGAAAAGACACAACAAAGCCUCAACAGAAUGCUGAUGUCCAUGUCUUGUUUGUGUGAGAUACUGAGUGAAUACGAUGCAAAUGGAUUGGACGUCCUGUCAUCAGUUACCAUGUCCAUUACAGACAGCAUCAGUCGGCUGUGGAGGGAAAUGUUUGUGUCGGACUGGACAAACUCGCCUCUACUCGAGCUUUGUCUCGGGAAACUCAUUUUACUGAGCUCACAUCUGACUGCUUCUCUGGAGAAUGAAAUUCUUUAUAAAAUUCUCUCCGUGAUGAGUUCCCUCACACAACAAGAGUGCUCCCUCUCUCUACACCUUAUCAUGGUCAGUUUUCUGAGCUCCUUGGGUACAGUCAGAUUAUCAGUAUCCCCAGAGCAGCCUCAGAUGUUGAAGAAGAUAUGUGACCUAUUUGUGAAGACCUUAGCUUCUCAUGACCCAUUUAUUUACCAUCAUGGAUUGUCUGCUUUUACGAAGUUUGCUGAGAACACUGUACACGAGUCAGUGGUCCCUGAUUGUAUCGAUAAACAACCCAAGCUACAAGACUGUGUGGUGAUGUUUCUAAACAAGACUCCAUACCCGCCUUCUAAUAGCUCGAGUCGAUUACAAUUUCUGACAAGUGAACCACCCCCAGCUCGUUGUGAUAGAAAUGAAAUCACAGGCCAAAUAAAUGAGCCUAACAAUAAAAGACCAAGACUAUUGACAGACAGAAACCACAGUCACUGUACACUACAGCUGAGGACUGAUAUGAGGGACUUAGUGUUCAUGUUACGGAAGACCUUGUCCGAGUUGGAGGCCGACACAGAGAAUAGUAACAUGUCUCCACAAACCUGGCACAAUCUGGAAAAAAUUCACCAAAAAAUUACUGACAUGAAGGAAAACGGAUGAUAUUGUGUGAAGAAAUGUGUUGAACUUGCUGCUAUCAUAUAUUACAAAUGUGUGAUUUUUUUUGUAUUCUAAUAUGAUUUGUUGAUGUUUUGAUAUUUAUAAUGCCUGCACAAAUUUUUUUAAUGAAGAACAAAUUUUAAA